AUGUUGGAUGAAACAGGCACAGAAGACGAGGAACCCACAGGGGCUGAAGACGGUAUUAUCGGUGUUGAUGUGGGAAGAGUCACCACGGGGCCGGAGGGACUGAUGGGGCCGUUUGUUGGAGUGGCAUUUUCACCUGUUGUUGGGAUGGUCGUGCUAGUUGAGCCACCACCAACUGAAGGGAUGGAGAUUGGAACGCCAGCGCUGGAGCAUUCGGUCACCACAACGUUGGAGACGGCUGUUGGGGUCGUUAGCAUGGAUGGAAAUGUGGGCAAGAUGUAUGCCGAAUUCAACUGA